AGCCGCUCUGGCUCGGUCAGCGCAGUGGUCGUGUCCACUGUCCAGCAUGCGCCAUGGCCGUGGAGCGCGUGGGGCGGCUGAUCUCCAGGCCUACCGUGGCUCGGCAGCCCACGCAGCCUCCAGCGUGGCUGGGUGCCCCCCCUGGAGCAGGUCAUGUGCUGGCAGUGCAGCGAGACUGGUCUCCGUGCCGCGUCUUGCCGUGCCCCCAGGCAGUGGCGCGCUGCUCUGUCGGGUGCGCGCCCGCGGACUCGGGCGCCGCGGGCCACGUGCGCGGGCUCGCGGCGGGUGCGGAGGUGACGCCGACCUCGAGGCGCCCCGCGCUGGCGCAGGCGCAGGUGAGCAGGCUUCCGUCCCGCAGCAUGCCGCCCGCCGCCGUGUCCGAGCGAGCGGCUGCGCAGCUCUCCGCGCAGGCGCAGGGGCUCUGCUCCAAGCUGGAGGGGCUCCUGGCCGCCGCUGGCAGGGGCGUCGCGCGCGCCAGCGGGCGGCAGAGGGCGGCCCCUUCCAGCGCCGAGCGCUUCGUGGAGCUGGUGGAGCGCAUGGCGCAGUUGGAGGCGCUGGUCGACGAGGUGUCGGCCUCGGGGCUCCUCCAUCAGCCCAUGGGGUCGGACCCUGGGCUCCGGACAGUGGCCGGCUCGCUGCUGGACGCGAUGCGGAGGCGGCAGGAGGCUAACACGGUCGUCCGGCAGCCUUCGGUUGCCUACGCCUGGCCCGAACGCGGGGGCACCCCGCUGCCCACGUCGCGGGUGCCGACGCCCAGCGUGCCGACUCCUGGCAGGUCCGAGGCCGCCGCUCCUGCUUGGGCCCCUGCUGCCAGACCGGCGGCCCCACCGUGGCAGCCCGGCUGCUCAGCGUCGCGCUGUUCCUCGCCCCAGAAGCCCCGGCCCAGCGGUCCCGGGGAGCUCCCCGCCCGCGGGGCCUGGACGCCUCGCCCCUGCCAGGCGGCCGGGCUGCAGCCGGCGCUGUCGCUGCCCCUGGCGGCGGGCCCCGGCGGCUGCCUCGUGGGGUGCGUCGGCGGCGGCCCGGGCGGAUGCGAUGCGCCGUGGCCGCCCGCGCCGGCGGCGGCCUCCGGCCCCGCCCGCGCUUUCUCCGCGCCGCGGCCCGUGACGUCCCGGCGGGCGACGUCCCCCACCCGGCUCGCCGUCCUCACGGCGGGCGUGGCGGCGCCGCCAGUCCUCGGCGCGGCGGCCUGCCACCCGAUGGCGGGGACGCCGGGGGCACCGCUGGGCGCGCCGCUCGCGCCGCCGCUGGCGCUGUGGAGCCCCUCGCCAGGGCAGCUGCUGCAGGGCGAGCUGGGCCCUGUGCCCGCGCCUUUUGCCACGCCGCCGCCGCCCGGGGGGGCGCGGCCGUCGGGGCCAGAGAGCGUGGAGGGCAAGAUCCGCGAGUGGCUCGAGACCAUCCCGAUCGGCGGCGGGGCCGAUCGGGGCUGGGACGACGAGCAGAUCUCGGAGAUCGCCCAGUUCGCCAGGGGCGAGGGCCUCUCCGACCUCCCGGCGGAGGACUUGUACAAGCGGUACGUGGAGCACCAGGUGGAGGUCGGCCUCGCCCAGGCCGGCGCGUGACGCGCGGCGGAGCGGAGCGCGCGGCCCGCGCCGGCGCUCUGCCUGGCCCGUGAGGGGGUGCGUCGGUGGCGCGCAAGGGUCGGGAGGGGAGAA